UUUUUUUAGUAAAAGAAAUAAAGGUUACUUGGAAAUUAAGGUGGGAAAAGUUUGGUGUUGAGCAAAAUUGAAACACAUAUUCUAGUAGUUUCUUUGCCCUAGAACUAGAACAGGAUUCCUCUUUGUGCAGACGUAGUGCACCUUCUGCCACCCAAUCUCUCUCUCUCUCUCUACAUUUUUCAAGCUUUCAUUCCUACGCACUCGACCGCCUUUUUUAUUUUCUCUCUCUAGGGUUCUUUCUUAAUCGCGUGGGCAAGGGGAAAAAUAGAGACUACUGCAAUUAAUUCUCACAGAUAGAUUCUGGGAUUUUCAUACUCAUGCUUCCAGAAAUUAGAAAUUCAAUUCCGCCGUUCUCUACUUUGAUCCUUCAGCUGCUUUCUCACUCUAUCAUGGAUUAAAUCUGCUCCUUUCUUCGGAGUGGCAAGUCCUGGGAUGGAAGUGUACGAUGUUCCUGAUCAAGGACUUGUUGAUACUUAUCUGAUUCAAGGUGCUGAGUCGAACCCACAGCCUACUGCUCAGUUUGAACUAUACGGAUCCAUGUACAACGAGGGAGCACCUGACUAUAUUAUUGACCAGGGCUUGUAUUAUCCUACUGGAAACAGCUAUGGAUACAUCUGUACAGGAUAUGAACCAACAAUGGAAUGGGAAGACCAGCGUAGGUUUUUUGGUCUAGACAAUCAAGAUAUUCAUUAUACAGUCGCAACAAAUGAGAACACACCAUAUGUAUAUUAUUCUCCCAAUUAUGGAUAUGGGCAGUCUCCUUUCAACCCAUACAAUCCUUAUAUUCCUGGUGCUGUGAUAGGAGCUGAUGGAUCAAUUAUAUCAACACAACAGUAUUAUGCCCUUCCCUCAUACGAAAAUUCUGUUACAUCAGCGUCGUACCUGCCUGUAGUUUUCCAGCCAAGGCCUGAUGCUGUUGCUAAUGGGAUUGUAGAUUCCUUUAUUGAUACUGGUGGGUCGUAUAACAAGGCCGAUGGUCUAGGUUCUAAACACAAUUUGGCUCUGAAUACUCCUAAUUCUUCAUUGACCGCAAUGGGUGAUGCCUCUGGUAGAAGAAAUUCCUUUGCGAAGAUGUCUGAAGGUAGGGUUACUAUGGGGAUUGGCAAGCAGCAUCCGUCAAGUAUUACUUCUGGUAGUAUUACAAGUCAAGCUGCACCGAUUCACCAGAUUAGAGGCCCUCAAGGCAUGGAGAACGGUUUACGUGGGAAAGCAUCAGCUGUCAGUAGUCAGUUAAAGACUGCUUUUACUUCUGGAAAUGGUUCAUCUAAUUUUGAAUCGAGCAAUUAUUCCCAUGCAGCUGUAAAUAAAGUUAAGCCCAACAUGCUCAGUGGGAGGGCUCUUGAUGAUGAAAGAGUUGGUCCUGAUAUAUUGAACGACCAGAAUAGAGAGUGUAGGACGAGCAAGUCAAAGAACCAACUGGUUGUUAAAGCCUAUACAACAAGGGCUGGAAAUCCUGAUGCACAAGGAAAUAUCAUUAUCUCUAGAGAUCAGUAUAACAGAGUUGAUUUUCCUGUGGAAUAUGCAAAUGCAAAGUUUUUUGUAAUCAAGUCAUAUAGUGAAGAUGAUGUGCAUAAGAGUAUCAAGUAUAAUGUGUGGUCUUCCACUCCCAAUGGAAACAAGAAGCUUAAUGCUGCAUAUGAAGAUGCCAAGAGACUAGCUGCUGGAGACUCGAGAAGCUGCCCCAUCUUCCUCUUCUUUUCUGUCAAUGCGAGUGGCCAGUUCUGUGGUAUUGCAGAAAUGACUGGCCCAGUGGAUUUCCACAGAGAUAUGGAUUUCUGGCAGCAAGAUAAAUGGAGUGGAAGCUUUCCAGUAAAGUGGCACAUCAUAAAGGAUUUGCCAAAUCCAAAUUUUAGGCACAUCAUAUUGGAGAACAACGAGAACAAGCCAGUGACUAACAGCAGAGACACACAAGAGAUAAGCUUCAAGAAAGGCUUGGAGAUGCUCAAAAUAUUCAAGGGCCAUACGUCGAAGACAUCCCUACUCGAUGACUUCAUGUACUAUGAAAAUAGACAGCGAAUUUUGCAGGGAGAGAGAGCCAGGCUUUUUAUAAAGAGCUAUGAAAAUCCAUAUCUUGUCCCAUUAUUGGAUCCUCCUCGCAAGCUUCAGUCUGUUCAUGAUUUUCCUCCUAUUAGCGAUGCAAAUGCUGCCAAACAUGAUACCAAUAAUUUGAGUACGGUGAACAAAAGCGAAGUUCCCUCAAGUGCUGUAUCAACUUGCCUCACGAACGAACAUGCUGACCCUAAAGGGCAAAUUUCCUCGGGGACUAAUCUGAACAAUGUAUCAAGUGUCCCUGGGAGCUGUAAAGGCUCAGCAGAUGGAGUGCCGAACGCAGUUGAUGAACUUAAAAUUAGUGGAUUGAACAUACGUUCGGGUUCAGGCCGUACACUCCCUACAGUAUCUAACAAAACGAAUGGUGAGAUGGUAAAUGUUGUCACUAUAGGGUCAAUGCCCGUCAAAGUUGUGGAUACUGAGUCUUCUGGUUUUUUGACUGUCGGAACAAUUCCACUGGAUCCAAGAACUCUCCUCCAUGAGUAGGUGGGAGGGCCACAGUGCAUAAGAGGAGGUUUAUGACGUGUGAAGGUGGAUUUGGAUGGUUUGUCUAUUUGUUUGAAUAGUUGUUGACAAAGUCCCCGGGGAGCUCUGCAUUUCUUGUAUACUUGAGUGUAUUAUACUCGUCAUGGCUUCUUUUGUUUUGGAACGUCGGUGGUAGCUCCUCCGAGGGCGGGACUCUUUCGUUUGGGUGAGAAGAAGGGAGAAUUUUCAUUUAACUAAAUUGAAAUGUUAAAUACUGAUGUUAUUUUUUUUCCCUUUUCUUUAGGGGGAGUUGGGGGAGGGGAGGGACCUUGGUCUUACCUUAGGCUGAGGUUGCUGCUACUCUUUUAUUUCCGUUUAACUCCUUGUUUUUUUUGCCGUUUGGCGUCAUCUUUACAGAAGUUAUAUCCAGGAAAAAAAAAAGAAAUUAAAAAAUUUACGUUUAUUCUCA